UCAGAGUCUAAAAUUCAAAAACACCCACAUCUUGAAAAAGAAGGAACACAUCCUCAAUCCUCCUCCUCCUUCUUCCCUAUUUCCUCCAAUUCCACCUCCCUCUUCUUCUCUCUCUUGUCAGCGUCGCUUCUUGUAUGUGUUCUUUUCCGACGCAUUCGCAUCUCGCAAUCUUGAUCCGACCCGAUCCAGCUUCAAAUAAUGGGCGCUUACAGAACCGAAGAUGACUACGACUACCUCUUCAAAGUGGUUCUCAUCGGAGACUCCGGUGUUGGCAAAUCUAACCUUCUCUCUCGAUUCACUCGAAAUGAGUUCAGCCUCGAGUCUAAAUCCACGAUUGGGGUUGAAUUCGCCACCCGGAGCAUUAGUGUCGACGACAAGAUGGUCAAGGCCCAGAUUUGGGACACUGCUGGCCAAGAAAGAUAUCGUGCAAUCACAAGUGCAUACUAUAGAGGAGCUGUUGGUGCUUUGCUUGUUUACGAUAUCACUCGACAUGUUACCUUCGAAAAUGUUGAGAGAUGGUUGAAGGAGUUGAGAGAUCAUACAGAUUCUAAUGUUGUAGUCAUGCUUGUUGGUAACAAAGCAGACCUACGACACUUACGAGCGGUUUCCACUGAAGAUGCAAAAUCAUUUGCCGAAAAGGAAAAUACUUUCUUCAUGGAGACAUCUGCCCUUGAAUCUGUGAAUGUUGAGAAUGCGUUCACUGAAGUGCUAACCCAAAUAUAUGGUGUGGUUAGUCGAAAAGCACUAGAAGCAGCAGGGAAUGGUUCUGCAGAUUUGCCCAAAGGACAAAGCAUAAAUGUUGGGGGCAAGGAUGAUGUUUCAGAUGUUAAGAAAGGUGGCUGCUGCUCAUCUUAAAAUGAUCGACAAUAAUCAUAGAAGUCAGAUUGGUUGUGUUGCCCUUAUUUUCCACCAAAAAUAUUAUAGCUGAAUUUGAUGCAUACUGAUCGUGUUUCUUUUUUAUUUUUUUUCCACCGGACCUCGCUGCACGUUGGAAGAUAAUUGGAGGUUUAAGUGGUAGAAAUAUGACAUUUAUGUGAUUUUGAAUGGUCAAUCUUUCGGUCUCUUGUUCUA